CCCACAAUGCCAGGCGGGGGAGCCCCUCUCUCAGCAACUCAGCACAGCAUCACCGCCUCGCCUCAGUGAAAAGGACAGAGAGAGGAGAGAAAUGCAAAGGGAUGUAAGAUGGCAGAGCUACAAAUGCUAUUAGAGGAGGAAAUCCCUGCCGGCAAAAGAGCUCUUGUGGAAAGCUACCAGAACCUGUCCCGGGUUGCGGAGUACUGUGAAAACAAUUAUGUUCAGGCCCAAGACAAGAAGAAGGCCCUGGAGGAGACCAAGGCCUACACCACCCAGUCUCUGGCCAGUGUGGCCUACCAGAUCAAUGCCUUAGCAAACAAUGUGCUGCAGCUGCUGGACAUCCAGGCGUCACAGCUACGACGCAUGGAGUCCUCCAUUAACCACAUCUCCCAGACUGUGGAUAUUCAUAAGGAGAAAGUGGCUCGUCGAGAGAUCGGCAUCCUGACCACAAAUAAAAACACCUCCCGCACUCACAAGAUCAUCGCCCCUGGGAACAUGGAGCGGCCUGUGCGCUACAUCCGAAAGCCAAUCGACUACACGCUGCUGGAUGAUGUGGGGCAUGGUGUCAAAUGGCUUAAAGCCAAGCAACAUGGGAACAAUGCAGCAGGACGAGGAGGGACGAUUUCCAGGACCAACCCACCGACACAGAAGCCCCCGAGCCCCCCCAUGGCUGGUCGUGGUACCCUAGGACGUAACACUCCUUACAAGACCCUGGAGCCAGUGAAGCCUCCCGUGGUGCCCAACGACUACAUGACGAGCCCGGCCCGACUGGGCAGCCAGCACAGCCCUGCACGCACAGCCUCGCUCAACCAGAGGCCCCGGACACACAGUGGCAGCAGCGGGGGGAGCGGCGGCAGGGAGAACAGCGGAGGCAGUGGAGUCGGAGUCCCUCUCGCAGUCCCCACCCCCUCCCCACCCAGUAUGGGGCAAGUGGCCACAUCCUCGGCUUCAGUGCCUCAGGGUCCUGGUUUGGGUCCCAUACCCAUGUCCCAGUUUGGCACCAUCUCCCGCCAGAUCUCCCGUCACAACUCCUCCACCACCUCCUCGGCAUCCAUGGUGUCGGCCACUGGCACGUAUCGCCGUGCACCCUCCGUCUCCUCCCAGCAGCCCCACAUUAAUGGGGGCCCUGCCUACCAACAGAACUCAAUGUCUGUGGCACCUCCGCCUCCUCCUCCGAUGGUGCAGCUGACCCCACAGAUCCCUCUGACCGGCUUUGUGGCCAGAAUGCAGGAGAGCAUAACAGACAGUCCAGCCCCCCCUCCUCCACCUCCCCCAGAAGACAUCGGUGUGUUUGAAGAGCCAUCUCCACCUCCUCCCCCUCCACCUGUGGACUACGAGGAAGAAGAGGCCGCAGUGGUCCACUAUAGUGAUCCUUACUCUGAUGGAGACCCCCACUGGGCCCCCAAGGCUUAUUUAGAGAAAGUUGUUGCCAUCUAUGAUUACACCAAGGACAAGGAGGACGAGCUGUCCUUCAUGGAAGGAGCCAUCAUCUACAUCAUCAAGAAAAACGAUGACGGAUGGUUCGAAGGUGUCUGUAAUGGCAUCACCGGACUCUUCCCAGGAAACUACGUUGAGUCCAUCAUGCACUAUGCUGACUAAAACAAAAAACAAACUCACCCAAAACAGCCCUGCAGUUUUAAACAGAGUGACGAUGUACAGACAGAAGUAUGCAGUUCAUACAGCUUCCUCUCUGAAUGAAGUGCCAUGGUGAAUUUACAAACUGUUUUCUUUGGGGGGGCUUGAGCUUGCACGGUUUUUGUUGUGCUCUGAAAAAAAAAAAUAGAAAAAAAAACUGUUGCACAAAGAAGGAGGGGCGUCAAGCUUUGAAACAGGGGGUCUGUUAGUUUACACUGUGGAGCAAAGGGAGGACGUAACGGCCUUUUUGCUACCACUGAAACAUCUGUGUUUGUUGGUAUCUGUUAAAGGUCACACUUUACCUCAAAAGAAAUUACAAAAAAAAUUACAGUAGUGUUAAAGAAGUCCAGGUAAAUCUGUUUGUAUAUCUGCAACCAUUUCCAGUGUUUUCUAAAAGCAAGCUCUAGUGUACAAUUUGCAUUGUAGCAGUUAUAUGAUGAUAAAAUGCUCCUACUCCUUUCAUUUGCACUGUAGACCUGCAGACCAUCCUGCCCCUCCUUUUAAAAAAUAUCCAUUUUACCUUAUAAAAAAGCUGAAAAGGACAAACUAUAGAUUGUAUAAAGAAGUGGACGUAGCCUCUUGUUUCAAGAGUGAAGCCAAAAGAGAUGCCUUAAAGCUGUAAUAUCCUUAUGUAAAGCAGGGGGGCGACUGCACUGCUUACAUAAAGAGGUCCAGUGGUGUAAAACUAGAUAGGACAGUAAUGUUGAUUAUAGUCCCAUUUUAGGUAAAAUUACAUUUAAAGGCUUACUAUGCAACUUUCAGUGGAUUUUAAACCAAAACAAAUGCUCUCUUUGGACACACCUCCUUCAUUCCUCAGCUCCUUUUUCCCACCAGCCUCAAAACUUCCAACGGUGUCAUCAGUUUCUUAAAGAGCCCGUUCAAAAACUCCAAAAAGUCAGUUCCUAAGUCCCUUCAUAUCUACUUUUCCUUAACCCAGGUGAAAAAUUUCACAGAGUCAAAGAGAGAGUAAGAGGAACCACAGUGAUAAGGGAAUUCGACUGCUCUUCUGCUGAGCAGCUGUAAUGUGAGUUUACUGAAUAAAAACUUCAAUUUACUGUUAAUGGUCUACAAAAAACACAUCUAUCAUAAGGUAUGUUCUCCUUGUUGUUUAAUACUGUGAAUAAAACAUGAAAACUUUAAAUCACCCAGCAGGUUUAACAUCUCUUAAUUUGUACUUACUCAAUAAUUAAACCUACAAUUUGAUCAAUCAGUUUUUCAAACUAAUAAUAUUACUUUAUUUGUGACAUUAAAUUGGCUCGUUUUAUCUCUUUGCAUUUCCAUUCCAGCUUUUUAGCUUGUUUUGGGUUUGAUUUUGCAAUACUGCUAUCCAGAAUGUUGCAUAUUAAGCCUUUAAAGCUGAAUUGUUUCCAAUGGUUAGCAGGGGUCGACUGCUUAGGUUCCUAAAACAAGUCAAAUUGUGUGAAGCUAGAAUGGAAACUAAUAUUAAUUUUGUAAAUCAUGGCACCAAUUUAAGUAAAACAGUCAAUUAAGCAGUGUGUGCAUUAAUACAUUAACCAGUAGCUAUUACAGGGAUCUAUAAACUAGGCUAAAGAGGUGAAACGUCUCUCCUCCAAAAUCUUUGGGUUGAAAAUCGUCCAUUUCUUCUAUACAGUCUAUAGAAAAAGCAAAACAUCAACAAGUGCAUUAGGACACGGCUGAAUGUCGGAUGACGUCGAUGUCCGAACCACACAAUGUUUAAAAAAGGGGAACAAACAACGUGGAGUUGUGUAUUUACUAUGCUCUAUGUCGGUGGAGAUGCUGUUGAAAAGGGUGAACCAAGUGUACAGACAAGGAAAAAAAAAGAAAACAGCUUCUUCUUUCUGGUGGAGUUUCUUUUCUCUGUUCUCUGACUUGUAUAUAAACUGUAACGUGAGAAGCUGCCAGUCCAGUUACAUUUGUCGGUUUGUGUGUUCACCUGUGACUCUCCAUCAGCGUCAGUGGAGGUGGAGGCCAAGAUUGGAUGUUUUUUUUUACGUUUUGUUCAUUUUUACUUGAAUAUUAAUUUUCAUCACUCACAGUGCCAUCUGAACUUAAAGCGGCUGCGUGUAAACAUUUAUUUUUCUAUGUUCUGUCGUCAUUUCGAUCACUGUGUUUUGGUGAUGCUGUCCAGCCACUGUAGCAGAGCUCUGACAUGUUUGCUGCUUCUGAACGUGGAGCAGAGGAAGGACUUACUAACUAGUGUGUUUUUAUGUGUUGUUUUUCAUCGUGCACUGAUUCGUCUUCAGCAACUGUGAUGACUUUACGAUCACCGCUUUGGUUUUUACACAACAGAAAUACCAACUAACCUUUAUCUCCUUGUCGUCUGUUCUCUCAGUGGUUGCUGGUGUGGUGCUUUACAUUGGUGCUCAAAAACCAUAAUCACCAACACAACAACCUCAAAAUACAACAUCUCUAUUACUGUAAGAAGGUAACAAGGGAUUCAAGUUUUAGCUUUUGAUCAGAUUUGAUUGUAAUCGUUUUCAAUCGCCUCUGCAUUUUUAAUGAAUGUAGAAUGAAGGAAAGUGAUUGGUAAUGUACUAAAGCUUAAUCCAGGAUGUUUUGAUUAAAGUCUGUGCUACACAGGAAUGAUUUUAACCUGAAGGUCUUAAAAGAGUACUCUUGUAAUUCUGAUUUUAUCACUUUUCAGAAUAAGAUGCCUGUUCUUACAACGUGAUUGUUGGAGCAAGGAAAACCUGCCGUCAAAUAUCACCAAAUAUCUCAGACUGUGUCUGUAACAAGCCACUUAAACACUGAAGGAGACUUUUAUUUUGAAAAAGAUACAGACUUAAAGAGGAGUUCAAGAAGAGAUUCAGACUAACAGUAUUCAUUAAACCUCUAAGCAUGAAAGUAUCUUAACAGCGAAUGAUCUGCCACUACAUCCCAUGCCAUUUCUUGAUUGUAUUUUUCCAUCAUGAGGUCAUUUUUUGUGAAAAAUCAACUUUUUCUACCUAAUGUAUUUCUAGCUUUGCAUUUUGUUUGUGUUUUUGUGUCGGAGACUGCCGAGAAAGGCUCGCUUGCCGUUUGUAUGUAAAGGAUUUAUUUAUACUUUUUUUCAUAGAGAAACCAUGAGACAACCACUGACGUGCAGAACUUUGUAAUGUUUACCACGUAACGUCAAGCAUUUCAGGGCAUCACAGGUCAACGCGCCUUUCUUUGAUGUGUGUUUUCUUAAUGAUGAAAAAAUCAGUAACUUAAAUGUUCAUGGGAACAGAAUCCAAUUUUUGUCUUCUCCUCUCAGUUUGUACAUACGAUGUGUUCAUGAAAUUUAUGUACAGUCUUUUUGUAAUAAACAGCUCAUUGAAACAAUGAAAAAGACUGGGUUUUAUGACUUAUGUUUGUCAUGAAAAUGUAGUUUUUCAAGAACAAACUGCCAAUAAAUUUGCUAAAUAUCAGAGAAUAAUUAAAAUAUACAGUGGGCUGUAUGACGGUGCAGUGGUUAGGGCUGUCAUCUCACAGAAAUAAGUUUACUGGUUUGAUGUAUGUUCUUCCUGUGUAUGUGUGGGUUCUCUCUGGGUACUUUGGCUUUGUGGAUUUAGCUUUGAAUUCAGGAAUAUACGUAAAAGUUUUUUCCAUUUCAUCUAAACGGAAGCGGUGUCUUGGGAGGCCAUAAAUGCUCCAUUUUGAAACUGGGUCCCAGAAUGAACAAAUCUGUAAACCCUUACUGUUUCAUCUCCGUGUGGACAGCCAACUGCAUUUCUCCUAAAACAAUUAUGUCAUACGUAGCAUAGCCCAAUAGCACUGCAUGCGCAUGUCCAACCAAAACAACAAUGGCAGAUUUCAGGGGUGUGUUCGUGUUGCAUGAGCUAUUGAGCUUAUUAUACACCUCCUAUCCUACACCAAAAUCUGGUGCUCCUUGACCACCACCGAGAACAGCAUACACCAGAUGUCCUAAAAUCCAUCGUGGAGAACAACUGGGAGAAAG